ACCUCCCUACCCUGAACAUGACAGCUCACAGAUUCUAGCUAUUAAAAAUUCCUGCUAUAAACAGCACAUUGAUGCAAUUAGGACUUACUAUAAGACGGAGCAUCAGAACUGGUGUGUGAUUGAUGCCCUUCAGAGCAAGUGGUGGAUCUGGAACAAAGUACUGCAGGAAAUUCAAGUGGUUGUUAAAGAAAUCCAGAUAUACCUGGAAAGAAUAAAAGAAGGAAAAGCAGCCAGCAUUGCUGAUUUAUGUAUCACUCCCAAAGAACUGCAGAAUCGGCUGGGGGAGUUUGGACAGUACUGUCCCGUCAGCCUUGCAGAAAAGGGUGAAUUGGUUGACUGCUCUGUAACAUCGUCAUUGCAGUUUGCUGCAGAAUUUCGAGGACACUAUUACAAAAUGGCUUCACAGGAAGAACUGGACAAAUUCUUGAGUAGACCAGAGGUUUAUGUGCCACCACUGGCACCUCACCCUCUCCCACCCUCAGAUAUGCUACCAAAGAAACUGACUGCGGCAGAAGUGAAGGUCUUAUUCCCUGUAAGUGCUGAAAUGCAGGGAUACUGUCCAGUCACUUACCUAGAUGGAAAACAGAGAUAUGAAGCUUUGGUGCCUGGCAACAUUGAGUAUGCAGCAAAAUAUCAAGACAAGGUAUAUAUUUUUGAAAGUGAAGAAAAACUGCUGAAGUUUAUGAGAUUACCAGAGAAGUACUGGAAUCUGAAACUUCCACGUAAACUCCCUCCAAUAAAGGAACCAAUACCACUCACUGUGCUUCCUUUGGCUGGAUACCUUGAACAGGGAGUAGCAGCUUCUCUAAUAAAAGCUCUGAACGAAGUAGGCUGCUUAAAGCCGAAGUUUCCAUUCCUAAGUGUAAAAAAAACUGCUCUGCUGUUCGUCGCCUGCCAUUUAAAAGCGCACAACCCCCGGAGCUCGGAGCCGGCGCGGCAGGCGUACCGGAGG